AUGGGAGGCAAGAAGAAAGGACGCGGAGGCGGCCGCGGCGGCGGCGGCGGCGGCAGAAAAGGAGGCCGAGGCGGCGGCGGCGGCGGGAACACGUCCAGGAGCGGAUCCAUCGCGCAAAAGGAAAUCCCGAAACCGAUCCCCGUCCCCGCGGCGGACGCGCCGGAGGAGACGCCGACGAAGCAGCCGCUCCUCGCCGCCGACGCCGGGGGAUCGAGCGACGGCGACGGCGACGGCGACGCCACGGCGGCGCCGUCCCCGCCGAAGGAGACGCCCGAGGUGAAGGCUGAUGAGGAACAGAAAUACGAGCCCCCGGUCGUCGUCGACGCGGCGCCCGUGCCGGAGCCCGACGCGCCGGCGUCCCCGCCGAAGACGGAAGCCGCGCCCGCGGCGGAGGCGUCCACCCCCGCGGCGACGAACGAGGUCACCCUCGAGGAAAAAGACACCUCCCCGCUCGUGCCGUCGCCGCCCAUGGACAAGAAGGCGACGCCGAGCAAGGAAGAGGUGGACGCGUCGGAGAAGCAAGCCGCGGAGCAAGAGAAGGACGGCGCCUCCACGAACUGCUGCGUGAUCAUGUGA